UUUUCACAAAAAGUAAAACAAAUAAAAUAAAAUGGAGGAAACCUCAAAUGACGGAAAGGCCCAACAUGGAUUCAUUCAACCCCAAAAGAUCCCCCCCGCUAGUCAGACAGGAGAAAAGGGCGAAAAUAAAAAAAGACGAGGAUGGGAUUUCUUAUCCCCAAUCCACUGCAGAUUACCCACUCGAGAUUCAAAUGCCUGGAAGAACCCAUUCCAACGACAAAUCAACCAACCAAUCGCUCCACUUCCUUCCUCAACCAUGGAAGCUCUUCUCGUAAACCCAUCACUCUCUCGUCUCAAUCCUACCUCAACAUCCACCCCUCUUUGCCAAUUCACAAAGCCAACCAUCUUCCUUCUUCCCCUCCGUCUACGCCAUCUCCCUCGAUUCCAAUUUACAGUCUCAGCCAUCAGCAAUCAGAAGCCUCUUCAAUUUAACGAAACAGAGGAACUCCUAAAAGAAGAAGAGGAAGAAGAAGAGGAAGAAGAAGAAUACUACGGCGAAGUGAACAAGAUCAUCGGGAGCAGAGCCUUGGAGGAUGGAACUGGAAUGGAGUACCUAAUCGAAUGGAAAGAUGACCACACACCGUCAUGGGUUCCAUCCUCCAACAUCGCCAAAGACGUCGUGGCAGAGUACGAGACUCCAUGGUGGACUGCCGCCAAGAAAGCCGACGAGUCCGCUCUUCGACAAUUAAUUGCUUCCAACAGUGAAUUGAAAGAAGAGGUAAGUGACGGAAGAGAUAUUGACGCGGUAGACGAGGCGGGCCGAACUGCGUUGCUCUUCGUGGCGGGUCUAGGCUCGGAAAGCUGUGUACGCCUACUCGCCCAGGCCGGUGCUAACCUGGACCACAGGGAAAACAGCGGUGGCCUCACCGCCCUUCACAUGGCUGCCGGAUACGUUAAACCCGGCGUGGCCCAGGCUCUGCUGGAGCUGGGCGCGGAUCCCGAAGUGGAAGAUGAGAAGGGGAGGACGCCAUUAGAUCUGGCGAGGGAGGCUCUGAAGGCGACUCCCAAGGGGAAUCCGAUUCAGUUCGCCAGGAGAAUAGGGUUGGAGAAGGUGAUAAAGGUGAUAGAGGAGGCAAUUUACGAGUACGCGGAGGUGGAGGAGAUAGUGGAGAAGAGAGGGAAAGGGGAUAAGGUGGAGUACUUGGUGAAGUGGAAGGACGGAAUGGAAAACGAGUGGGUGGUGGCAAGGUUGAUUGGGGAGGACCUGGUUAGAGAUUUCGAGGCUGGGCUAGAAUACGCCGUGGCGGAAGGAGUGAUGGGGAAGAGAGAAGGGGAGGAUGGGAAGAGAGACUAUCUGGUGAAGUGGAUGGAUAUGGAAGAGCCUACGUGGGAGCCUGAAGAGAACGUUGAUCCGGAGCUGAUCAACGAGUUUGAGCAAAGCAAAGGAGUCGAGCCUGUAACGGUGCCUGAUGCGAUUGGGUCCUGAAUCAUGGCCCUGCCCCCAACCAACCCUUCUUUCUCCUUUUUUCUUGUCUCACUCACCAUAGGUUUUUUCUUUGGAUUAUUUUUUUUGUUAGAAUAGUUUUUCAUUUGGAAGUGAAUCAUAAAAAUUUGCGAAAA